AUGGCGCUACACCGAACACCAACAUUCCCACCUGGAAGGACCGAGCUUACCGCCAAGCGAGAAACCCCAGCACACCACCCGACCUCUUACUCCCAACCAGCUUGCACUGAGGCGACACAGAAACUGGCAUACCCGAGCAGCCAUCACCAAAUCCUCUACAAUGGCGGUCACCAGCUCCCGGAUGAACAAGAGAGGCAAGCGCAACAAGCUACAGCGGAAACCCAAGAGAUCCCAGCAAGCAACCCAAUGCACAACAUGGAGGGACUGUGCCCUGAUGCCUGCUCUGACAGACACUCACUCCCAGCUACUCAGAAACAGCAGAGCAGGUAUCGAGUAGUGGCGGGACUCCCCCUGUCUGUGAGGUCUCGGGACCACCAUGAUGGCGGCCCUCUCCACUGGGCCGAUUAA